GCAACGCGCCUGCGCAGAACGGCGAAGGCUGGCUGGCGGCGGGGUUGUUAUCGUUCCUGCUCGCGUCCCGGACGCCCUUCCUGCGUGCGGGCCAGGAGGAGGCGGGGUUUCCGGGCGCGGGCGCCGUCGGACCUGACGCCACGGCAGCCCUGAGGAUGGCCCCGUGGGGACGCCGGUAGCGGCGGCAGAAGCUUUCUGAUUCACUCUGGGAGCCCAGCAGAAUAAGAGCUGCCUUAUGGAGAUGGAUCCAAGCUUAGCCAAUCCUUCAUAGGCAGCCAUGUGCUCCAACAAAGCGUGCAAGUAACAAGCCGCUUCUGGAAGAUCCCUGGUGUUGACCGUGGUCGCCAGGCCACCUCUGGCCCCCCUGGCAGGCAACAGCCCCUCUCUGUGCCCCGUGGUGGCAGCAACAUGAGUGAGGUGUCAGUGAUUAAGGAGGGAUGGCUGCACAAGCGAGGGGAAUACAUCAAAACCUGGAGGCCCCGAUACUUCCUACUCAAAAGCGACGGCUCUUUCAUUGGCUACAAGGAGAAACCAGAAGCUGCUGAUCACAGCGCACCCCCUUUGAACAACUUCUCUGUGGCAGAAUGCCAGCUGAUGAAAGCCGAGCGACCUCGCCCCAACACAUUCAUCAUCCGCUGCCUGCAGUGGACAACGGUCAUUGAGCGGACGUUCCAUGUGGACUCUCCAGAAGAAAGGGAAGAAUGGAUCCAGGCCAUUCAGACGGUGGCCAACAGCUUAAAGAACCAGGAGGUGGAAGAGGAGGACAGGAUGGACUACAAGUGUGGCUCCCCCAGCGACAGUCCGGGGGCCGAGGAAAUGGAAGUGGCAGUGACCAAGGCCAGAACCAAAGCGACCAUGAGUGAUUUCGACUACCUGAAACUCCUGGGAAAGGGCACUUUUGGGAAGGUUAUCCUCGUACGGGAAAAGGCCACGGGGCGCUACUAUGCCAUGAAGAUUCUGCGCAAAAAGGUCAUCAUUGCCAAGGAUGAAGUGGCCCACACCGUCACAGAGAGCCGAGUGCUGCAGAAUACGAGGCACCCCUUUCUCACGGCCCUGAAAUAUGCGUUCCAGACCAAUGAUCGCCUCUGCUUCGUCAUGGAAUACGCCAAUGGAGGGGAGCUGUUCUUCCACCUCUCACGAGAACGCGUCUUCACGGAGGAGCGUGCCCGCUUCUACGGGGCUGAGAUCGUUUCUGCCCUGGAGUAUCUCCACUCACGGGAUGUCGUCUACCGAGACAUCAAGCUGGAGAACCUCAUGCUGGAUAAAGAUGGGCACAUCAAAAUCACGGACUUUGGGCUCUGCAAGGAAGGCAUCUCAGAUGGUGCCACCAUGAAGACCUUCUGUGGGACACCGGAGUACCUGGCCCCAGAGGUGCUGGAGGACAACGAUUACGGGCGGGCCGUGGACUGGUGGGGCCUGGGUGUGGUCAUGUAUGAGAUGAUGUGUGGCCGGCUGCCCUUCUACAGCCAGGACCACGAGCGCCUCUUUGAGCUGAUCCUCCUGGAGGAGAUCCGCUUCCCACGCACCCUCAGCCCUGAAGCCAAGGCCCUGCUGGCUGGCCUGCUCAAGAAAGACCCCAAGCAGAGACUGGGGGGCGGCCCCAAUGAUGCCAAGGAGGUAAUGGAGCAUCGGUUCUUUGUUGCCAUUAACUGGCAAGACGUGGUUCAGAAGAAGCUCAUGCCCCCUUUCAAGCCCCAGGUGACGUCCGAAAUAGAUACGCGGUACUUUGAUGACGAGUUCACAGCCCAGUCCAUCACCAUUACGCCACCAGACCGAUACGACUGCAUGGAUCCCCUGGAUGCCGACCAGCGGACCCACUUCCCUCAGUUCUCCUACUCCGCCAGCAUUCGGGAGUAGGGCUGCAGCGCCAGCCAGAGAGAGCCAGGACUCAGGGUGGGGGGUGGACCACCCCAUCUGGUUGAUCCCACCUUCCCACUGCUGGGAGCCAAGCGGAGGAGCCUGGACCUGCCACGUCAGCCCUUGCAGUCAGAAUCAGCUGGCUCACUUGUGCCCAUGUGUCCCUGCCCCCCCUCCCACACUCACCAUCCUCUCUCCCUGCCUCUGGGCCACCUUACAUGGAAAUUGCUUUGGCGUGUUUGGUUGGCUUCUGAGGGCUGCGCUCUGCCACCAAAUUGUGUCAGUGGAAGGCAGGGAGCACCAUUCGCUGGCUCAUGUUUGGGGUGCCACCCUGGACCCCAGAGUGUGGAGGAUCCUAGCACUGUGGCUUGCAAUGCUGUGCUAAGAGGGGCAGAGCCCCAAAAUCCCGCCAUCCUAUUUCUAUGGGAUAGUGGCCGGCUGGCCGGCCAGCACUCAGGUGCCUCUUGGGGUCAGUGGCCUGGCAACUGUUACCUUGUUGACCUUUGGUGGGCUUCCCCAUCACCUCCAGUGGUGCUGCUGCUGUUAACAGGAACUUUUGAGUUGCUCUCCAAAUAAUGGGGAACUGGCCCCCGCUUAGAACAGUGGCCUUUUCUAACAAAAGCCAGGGUGCUGGGCAUGGCAGCCUCACUCUCUUGCCCCCUGCAAGGCCCAGCAGUGGCCCUCACUGGAGCGAUUGGUCCCCAGCUGCCCCUGCCCAUUAGUUCCUAUGAAGGGGGCUGCCCUGGUGGAGCAGGGUGUGUAUGGCCCUGGCAGUGUUUCCCUCCCAAUUUUCAGCUGUGGAAGAUGGCUGCCUGUGGUCUCCCAUCUCUGGCCCUGUGGGGAUGGCAGCCCUCCUCCCUUCUUCCCACGGCUACAGGGCCCUGCCUUGGGAGGAAGGGAGGUUUGCUAGCCGGCCGCCUUUCACCUUGCCCCCCAGCCCUAUGUGGCUUGACCAGGGAAGGAGCAGGCUAGGCCAGGCAGAUUUGAGCAGCUCAGUCUUUGCCAGGGCACAGAUGCUGCUCAGCUGAGUUGCUGCAGAGGGCCCAGAAGCCACCCAGGCAGACAGACACACCUCUUGCUAAAGAGGAGGUUGUGGUCCUCUGGCAAGCAUGGCCGGAAAGUGGACAGACCUUCCCGCAGCUGGCUAAUAGUCCACAGCCCCCCAUCCAUCCCAGUGCAAAGAGUGGGAGGCCUUCAGGGAAAGGGACUGCUCCAGCUGUGUAGCUGGCAGGGCAGAGCAGUCCCUCCUGCCUACCUAUGUCGCCUCUUGGGCAGGUACCAGAGGACGCCACCUGGUGGGCCAGAGGAUAGCAAACGCCCUGAGCUCAUCUUUGCUCUAUCUGACUCUCCUAUUGACCUCAGCAGACUUGGGGUUCCCGUGCGUCCUGGGUUUUGGGGACCUGCCUGUGCUAGGGACUUCUGCCAAUUUCACGAUUGCUCUGGGCUCCACCACGAGUCUUUGUACAAAACCUGGAGGCGGGGGGCACGGCGUGAACCUGGCUGUAAAUAUCCACGGCAGCCCUGUCUGGCUUCCCGUGUGUCAACUCUUGCAGGCAGCCAGUGGCAGUUGCACGAUUGCACUGUGCAGAGCCCUCAAGCAGGCCGUUCCGUGAUCCGAUGUCCUGAGGGGUCCUGUGGGAAGUUGGAGGGAGAGGACAGGGCUCCCCCAGUGAAUGCAGCCUUUGGGACUCCUGAUCGGCUGCCCCUGGUGCUGCCUGUUUGCCUUGUGGGGGGCUCUCACUGGGCACUCCUGGCCAGAGCUCCUGAAAGUGCAGGGUGGGUGAGCCCUAGCUGCUCCAGACCCCCACGUGGCCUUCUUUUCAGCACACCUGAAGUGCCGGCAGCCCCCAGCCUCCUUGAGCCUCUUGGGUCUGCCCAGAACGCAUCUCAGCCUGGGGUUCGGCUUCCUGGGGAGGAACUCUUGUGCCCUGCUGGACUUGUAGGGCUGGGUAGGAUCUCUGUGACGCUUGGGGUGAUUGGGGAAAGAACAGUUUUUCAUGUUUGCUGUAGUUCUAAUUCAGAUUUACUAAUUUAAUGUUGCCACUGUUAGACUAGAGUGAAGCGCCCGCUCUGUUGUGGCACGUUUUCUCCCCCUUCUCUUCCCCACUGCUGGAAGUCAGCAGCCCCUCUGGCCCUUCGCAGACAGGGCUGGCUUGAGAGCCUGAGUUCCCUUUGUAAAAUAAAGUUUGCUGGAGUGUUUUUGUAAAUGUGGCUGAUAAGCACAAAAACUGGAAAGGCUUUUUUUUCCUUUUUGGUAAACCAGAGAGUUGCCUUCCUCCACCCUCAGAUUUGUACGGUACAAGCAAUAAAAGAUUUUAUUUCUUGGUUAUGUGGUGGUCUUUUUUUAAUUUAUUGUAUUUAUUUAGUAUUAUUAAAAUACUUUACAAUUUUAAAGCAACGCCCAAGCUCUUGUUCAUUGUAAUUGAUUAUCUACAAAUUCAAUCCCAGGUAGCCGUGGUCUUUUGAGGAAGGCUGCUUACCUCAUUUUCGUAAGGAUGAGCAUUUUAUCCAGGGAAUUUCAGCAAAGCCCAUCCAUCCCCGUCUUCCUCACCUCCUUUCAAUCUUUGCAAUUUAAGCCCCCUCCUUUCAAUGGUGGAUCAGCGCUAAAGCAACCCCCAGAGUUGCCCCAGGUCCACCAUGGUCCCUCCAACCUUUGAGCAUCAGGCAAUGGUUCCACCUGCCCUACCUUUCAGGAAUUGGCACCAUGCCAGGAUAUGUGUUCUUGCUCCCUUUCCCUUCCAGUCUGCCAUCGGUUUUGAAAAGUGACCUAAAAUUAUAUCCUGCAAUAUUAUAUUCUACCUUACCUUAGAACAUCAAAACGUCCUUCCUGCUCCGCUCGCUGGUGGCUUGUUCUGCUAAUGAGCCCUAAUUUAGCCAAGCUGGGAAUCCUCUGGCGCUCUGAGCUCCCUCCCACCUUCAGGGUGUUUGGGCAAAGGCCAUGGCAGGCCCUGAGAGGAGGCCCUGGACGCUGCUGCAGCUGCAAAGAGCUGUUCUUUCGGUAGGGCCUUGUUUGUGGGGCAGACUAAGCUGAGCAAGUGCCCUGGGCUGUUGGGGGUUGAGCGUUCAGAGGGUGGUCAUGGAAGAAAUACUAUUCUUGUCCUCUCACAAAGGGAGGAUCUGUGGCCACUAUCUUUCAUCAAAGAUGCCCAUGACCAGUUCUGGCAAUCUGGAGAAACAAUUCUUUGGCAUUGCUUACAAACAUGCCUUGGUAGCUCCUCUGUCUGAGCUGCAAAGUUACCCCCUGCUCAUCUGGGUUCCUCAAACUUGGGGGGGGGGGGAAGGAGGAAUAGAGGCAGCGUCUCAGUCACUUGGGAGCAAGGACUCCCACUCCCACCAAUUCGGGAGGGGCCAAUGGAAGGCCUGCCAUCUCUGGGGCAGCUGGGAAGGUUCGCUAAUAAAAUGAGGCUGCAUCCUGUUCCUUUAAACAACCUCCCUCUUUCAGUAAUGCUGCUCUCUUUCAGGUGGAAGAGAAAAGGGAGCCUUUGAAAAGCAAGAGCAAUGAAGGCCAGAGCACCGAAAAAGCACCUGGGAAG